AUGGCGUCAACACACAAUAAUAAUAAUAAUAAUGAUAACAACAACAACAACGACCAAGAUGUAACACUUGAAACUAUCAAGAAUGGCUUUCUAGAGAUACAGAAUCACAUCACGUCAUUCUUGAGAGACAAUACUGGUCAGUCUGAACUUGAGGACCGAUGGGACUAUCAUAAAGGUGCUGGUGGAGGAAUCACUCGUGUUUGGGAAGGUCGUAACAAAGAAGAGUUUUAUUUGCAACCAACAACUGAAGGUACAAAGUUGUUUGAACUUGGAAAGACUGAUGUAUUGGAAAAGGCUGGUGUCAACUUUAGUUACAUCUCUGGUAACAACUUGCCGUCGGCAGCUGCCACACAGUUUAAUGUCGACCCUUCACUCGGGUUUGUUGCAACGGGUGUUAGCUUGGUACUGCAUUCCUACAAUCCCAACGUACCUACGAUCCACAUGAACGUACGAUACUUUCAAGCUGGAGACUCUGUAUGGUGGUUUGGAGGUGGUGUAGAUGUCACUCCUGUCUAUCCCCGUCUCUCUCAAGUCACAGAAUACCAUCGUAAACUCGAUCAAUUGUGUCGUGACUUUGGAUCACCUGCACUCAACCUAACCUACCAACACGGCAAGAAAGAAUGUGACCAAUACUUUUACCUCAAGCAUCGUGAAGAGACACGUGGUGUAGGCGGUCUCUUUUUCGACCAUCUCUCUAAAAAGUUGGGUGACGCCACUUCAGACGAAGCCAAAGCCAUGCCAGAACAAGAAAAGAAACAACGUAUUUGGAAGUUUAUCUAUCAACUUGGUAUGGCAUUUACAGAGCUCUACCGUCCAUUCCUAGUCGAUAAUCUCCAGACCCCUUACACUGAACCAAUGCGUGAUUUCCAAUUAUACCGUCGAUCAAGAUACGUAGAGUUUAACCUCUUGUUUGAUCGUGGUACCAAGUUUGGUAUUCAAUCAGAAGGUCGCAUAGAAUCAAUCUUUAUGUCACUCCCAGCCGUUUGUAAAUGGCGUUACAAUUAUCAUCCAGAACCAAAUACACCAGAAUUUGAAUUAACAGAUUUCUAUCUCAAACCUCAAGAUUGGUUAGCCUUAAACCAAAACAAAAAUUAA